CACACAACACCUUCUUCCUCCACCAGCAAGCAGGGAGGAGGACAACAGCAGCCAUCCACCCACCCAUCUGCGAGCAAAAGCUAGAGAGACAAUGUCGACACACAAGACGCGAUCUCAGGGCCAGGCCGCCUUUGAAAUCACGAUUGCCAACCGGUCGUCGCCGAGCACCAACAAGGCGACCUCGAGCCCGUUUCCCCUCGUCCUCGAUCUCUCCUCUGAGCCCACCGUGGGUGAGGUCAAGAAGGCGAUCCAGGAGCGCAUCAAGAGGCUCGGCACCCACCGGCAGCGCCUCACCACCGAGGAGAAGCGGCCGCUGCUCGACGAGAGCAAGACGCUGCGCGAGGAAAAUGUAAAGACGGGCGACGUCCUCUAUCUCAAGGACCUUGGUCCCCAGGUCGCAUGGAGGACCGUGUUCCUGACUGAAUAUGCUGGACCUCUUCUGAUCCAGCCCCUGCUCUACUACUACGGCCCCGUCAUCUGGCGCAAGCACUUUGAGUACUCGCAGAUGCAAAAGGUCGCAUUUGGCCUCGUCAUUGCCCACUUUGCCAAGCGCGAGCUCGAGACGCUGUUCGUGCACCGCUUCUCGUCUGCGACGAUGCCCCUCUUCAACAUCUUCCGCAACUCGGCCCACUACUGGCUCCUCUCGGGCCUCUUCCUGGGCGCGGCCACUUUCUCGCCCUACUUUAGCGCACAGGCCGUCAAGGGCACCAUCCAGGACGACCCUCGCUUCCUGGGCGCAUGCACUGCCGUGUGGGCCCUCGCCGAGCUGGCCAACUUCUCGUGCCACCUCACGCUUCGCAACCUCCGGCCUGCCGGCACCCGCAAGCGCGGCAUCCCCCGCGGCGGCCUCUUUGAGCUCGUCAGCUGCCCCAACUACUUUUACGAGAUUGUCGCGUGGAUCGCCUUCACCGUCCUCACCCUGUCGCCCGCGUCGGCCAUCUUUACCGUCGUCGCUUCGGCGUACAUGUUCCCAUGGGCCACGGCCAGGCACCGGAACUACCGCAAAGAGUUCAAGGACUACCCUCGCCAGCGCAAGGCCAUCGUCCCCUUCAUCUACUGAGCGUUGGUUUGUAUUCGAGUUGAACGUGUCGUUUGAAAGGAAAGUGGGGAUAGUGGGGACCUGAAUGGGCGCCAGUGAGGUGAAAGACAGCAAGAGCGACCACUGCACCUAGAAGAGGGGAGGGUCAGGCCCGAUUAGCAUGGGCCGUGAUGCGG